UAUAGACAGAUCUACAGGUACAGAGAAAAAAACCAGAGCAUUUAUGAUGAUUCCCAGAUCCAGAAACUGUGCAAUGUCACUGACUGCUGUCAUGAUGGUCCUGAUCUGGAACAUGUUGCCUCAGGAGACCUGGGCAGGUGUGGUGGGAGACUUUAACCAUGUGGAACGCUGCAAGGACUCUCUGUACAUGGGGACUCCACCUCGAGGCUACCUCAGUAACUCGUUUAAGAAGAUCUGUCAGAGGUAUGAGGAUAAACCCCGCUUUGUCACCCUAUACGACCCGCAGAGACAUAUCCCCAUCUAUUCUGCUUACAUAUUCAAGAAGUCAGAUGGGGACAAGAAGGUGGAUUUUCCGUGGAUGUUUGAACCUCAGUUGGCCUCAGAAAAAGGUAGCAGUAACAUGGAGCCCUUCCCCCAGUCAUCAAACAUGCAUAUGAACUUUGAGGACACCCAGGCCGUCCUGGAGGACUACGCCGAUGUGGUUCAGUAUGAACGAGGCCAACUCAAUCCUGAUGAGCACCAGGCUGACCCUCUGGACAAAGCAUCCACCUACACUCUGACUAAUGUGGUUCCUCAGAUCAGGGAGUUUAAUAUGGGACCUUGGACAGAACACCAGUACCUCAUCCGUAAACGGCUCAACAACUACUGCCGUGGCAAAGCUUUUGUGGUCACUGGAGUCACCACUUCUGGACACACAAUCCGCCGCAACAAUCUUGACAGGGUGGCUGUUCCUGAGUACAUGUGGUCAGCCUACUGCUGCACUGACUUCGACCAAAAUGCACCGUACUUUGUGCGCUACAAGUUCCCUGUGUUUGGAGCUUAUGGGAUGAACGAUCGUGUCAGCAACCAGAUGGUAGAAGUUCCUCUCAAAAACCUGGAGAAAUUCCUCAAAAGCAGAAUGGAUGUGGAUAAAAACUUCCAGAUUUUUUACAAUGACUGUGUGCCAGAUAACUGA